AGAUCGUCUCUCCGCAUCCCUUCCAAGGGCUGGCAGUGAGCCUACAGUGUAAUUCAGAUGCAACAGGAAGGUCCUCACCAGUUGGCUGAGCAGAUGCAGGUGCUGUGCCUCUGGACUGCCUAGCCUCCAGAACCAUGCAAUACCAAGUAAAGACUGCAAAUGACUGUGCCACAGGGAGGAAAAGCAGUCAACCUGUCUUCAGGGACCUGUUCCAAUUUCUGGUGUCUCAGUGGAUGUUGAUUUCUGACAUAAAGCCGUUUGUGCACAUGAAGAAGAUACUGUAGGAGGCAUUUGCAACAUCUAGACUGGUGUUUGACCAAACAACUGAGCACCAUGUCGCAGCCAAGUCAGGACAUGAUGUUAACCAUCACAGUGGGAGCCAUGUCAAAAAGUGGUGAGCCAGCAAGAUUUGGUGGUCUGGGCUGGAUUCCAGAGAACCUGGACUGUGCUUAUGAAGCACCAUUGCCCCGUAGACCUGGGAUCAUAAACACUGAUGUCUGAAGGGACCAGGCAGGUCUUGUCCCAUCUGUUCCAAGCCAUUUGUCCAUGUAAAACUGUCAACGUUCCGAGCCACUGACUGACAGGUGAGGCCUGACAUGUACGUUUUUCAUCUGAGAGCCAGAAAUUCUCUGAUGUGCCCUUCUUACUAAGCAAACUGUUUAAAGACCUAAAAGGAUUUUAUACUCAGGACUAUUGUUUUAAAAAUUGUAUUUGUUGUGUUGAUUGUUAAAAUAUUUAGUUCACUCUUGCUUAGUGCAAGAGCAUGACCAAUAUCUGUGGCUUGAUUGAUGCAGUAGAAUCCUCAGAGGAAGGCUGGAGAACAUGUCCUUAGAGGUCUCCACCCCAGCACUCAAAGGAGGCUCAUUCAGGAAGCAAAAGGGGACAUUAGUUUAGCAGUCACAUGAAUGCUGCACACCUGCAGACAGAUAUCUCUCAUACUUCCAUCCUUCAGGGUAAGAAGAGUGAGUCUCAAGAGAGUGAGGAAUGGUGAAUCUUUGGCAGCCUCUAUGUGUGCUCAUGGAAGAGACAGUGACAGGAAUUAUGUAAUGAAAAAAAUGUAGCACAAACCUUACGAAUUUUUAUUUUUCACUCCAUGGAUUCCCAUUCAGAAGACCUGUUCUACACAAAAUAAAGCUCUCUAUGAAGAACUGUCUCUGCUCUCCAAGUUAGUUCUAACAAAAGUUAUAAUAGAAUAUCUGAGAACCAAAUGGCCCCUCAGGAUACUAGAAUCCAAAAGCCAAAUAACAUGCUAACAAAUAGAAUUGGACUCGUUAUUUCUUUUAAGUCUUUGGUGCAAUAUGCAUUAUUUCUGCUAGUUUUUUGUCAGUGCUGAAAAACUGUAUUGCUAUCCUAGACUCAGGAUGUGAACUUUUUUUUUCACUUCCCCACUUUAGUGUUCUUGUUACUUUUCUUGCAAUACUGAAAUGCCAGGACCUUGCUGAAGGUGCACACCACGGGAUCAGUAUAUAAAUGUCAUGGCAAUAUGACAGCAAACAGGGAUGAACUCCAUGCUGGUAUUAUGGCCUGGGUUCUCUAGGAAGAGAGAGCUAGAAAACAAUGACUGUCUUUCAAAGUGGCUUGGUAAUAUUUACUUUUUUCUUCUGGUAAUACUUAUUUUUCUUUUCCUCCCUUGUGUAAUUGAGUCUGGUUAUACUUAACAAACCCACCAUAUGUUAAACUCUAAAUGAAUUAAUGAAUGAAGAGUGCUGAGGAUGAGAAGAAAGCACAAAUCUGCUUCACAGAGCUGAGUCUUGCAGGGCACAGGUGGGUUAAACAAGAUUUGCAAUAGAAAGGACAGGUGCAAUGAUAGACGCUUGAUUGAGAAACCAAGGAACUAGCAGUAACUGCUCUUCUGAGAGUUCUUGGCUUUCCUACAAGCGUACCUCAUUUUAUUUUAUUGCUCUUCACUUUAUUGUGCUUUACAGAUUUUUUUUUUUUUUUAAAGGAAUUGAAGGUUUGUGGCAAUUCUGUGUCAAGCAAGUUUAUCGGGGUCAUUUUUCCAACAACGUGUGCUCUCUUCAUGUCUCUGUCAUAUUUUGCUGCAGAAUGUGAAAUUGCAAAGCUGCUUCUUCCUUCUACUCGAGGGAAAACAAGGCUCAUCCUCCUGGCAUGCUUGGAUUUGGACCUAUUCUGAUAGCAUCUGCUCAUGAACGCCUCCCUUGGUGCUUCCUUGAAGAUGAUCCUGUCUCUUUCCUUCAUCUCACUGUAGUUGUGUCAGGAAGAACAAAGUGAGCCCAAGAUGGCAUAGACGGUCCUAUUCAGAGAAGAGCCAUAAAAGAACCUACAGAUUUACUCUCACUACUAAUUUUUUUAAAUAUGACUUCCCUUCCAGUUUUCUAAAAGUAAGAUUAAUCUUAAGUAUUCUUUAUGACAAAUUUAGACAAAGUAACAUGUUCAUUAAGACAUAUGUUUCAUUAUCGGGUCUGCCAGGUACCUUUUGGUUAAGUGCUAAGUUGGAGAUGCUUUAAUUCCCUCAAUGUUUAUUGAAUUGGUCCCCACUUUGUGCUCUGGUGAUGAAUUGUCUAAAGAACUAACUUGGCUGGGAGUGGUGGCUCAUGCCUAUAAUCCUAAUACCUCAAAAGGCCGAGGCAGGAGAAUUGCUUGAGGUCAGGAGGUUAAGGCUAGCCUGGGCGAUGUAGCAAGACUCCAUGUCUACGAAAGUUUUUUAAAAAGCAGUCAGGCAUGGUGGUUCAUAUCUAUAGUCCUAGCUACUCAAAAGGCUGAGGCAGGAGGAUUACCUGAGCCUAGGAAUUUGAAGCUUCAGUGAGCUGCGAUUAUACCAUUUCACUCCAACUUAGGUGACAAAGCAAGGCUCUGUCUCUAAAGAGAGAGAGAGAGAACUUAGUUUUAUAUCACAUUAUAUAUGUGGUUUGCUCUGCCUUUAGUCUUGGAAUAACUGGAAGAUACAAACUAUUCUUUAUCUACCUUUGUCCCCUCAUAGUGGUUCUGCCACUGUUGAUCAUCUGGCAAUGUCUAGAAACAUUUUGGUUGUUACAGCCUGGGGAGGGCAUCUAGUGGGUAGAGGACAGGAAUGUCAUAGACACUCUACAUUUCCUAGAUUGCACAGGACAGCCCCUGCCCUAACAAAGAAUUAUCUAGCUCAAAAUGUCAAUAGUGUGAAGACUGAAAAAACCCACUUCAGCAUUACAAGCGGCAUGGUAUACAUAUUAAGAAAUACCAAGUUAAUUUUUCAUAGUGCGUUAGAGAGUGAAAGCAACAAAUUUAAUCAUGUACUAUUUUAUCUUUACUUUUCUACUAGAACAACUAGCUCAUGUCAUAAAACUCUCAUAGUUUUGGAAAAAAUAAGAGAGAAAAGGUUUUAACCCCUGAAUUACCCUGCAGAUGCUGACCAGAGUGAACAGUGCUGAGUGCUUGUCUUCAUUUCAUUGCACCUUACUUUCCCUUAGGCCUUUGACCUGGUGUACACACGUAUGUGCAAGCUUAAUUACUUUGCUUUUAUACUUAGUGAUACUUUUGUUUUAUUAUGUAUGUUUUAUUCUAUAACUAUUUUAUAGAUAGUUUUGAAUUGCUCAACCGUUGCAUAUUGGGGAACUACUCAGGAGUCCUAUGUUGCUGGUUGUAUUAUAUCAUCAUAACGGAAGUGAAAAUUUCAAAAAUAUGUAUUUUAAAAGAGUACACAGAUAACAUUAAGUAGAAUCACACCUGUAGACAAAAUCAAUUAUUUGUAGUAGAGAUGAAGAAUUGAGUAUCUUUGACUAAUUACUGUGGAGGAGCCGUUCUCCCAGCCAUCUGAAGGUGUCUGAUUGCAUUAUUUGCCUGUGAUGACUUUGAAAGCUAGGUAAACCUGUAAAAUGCAAAAGCCAUCAAUAAGAAGCAAAUUGUUGCUAGAGUAUCUCCUCCUUAUUUGACUCUCUCAGAACUAAAUUGAGAAAGCAGUGACAUAAACAAAUAUACACAACCUUCCUGCCUCAUGCCUUUAUUGUUUGUCUUGUUCUCCAGAGGAAUCCUGAUCUAAUUGAAGAAUAACGUGAAUAACUCAGCUGGUCCAAAGCUCUAUAACUGCAUUAUUUUUUAAGUAAAUAAUUUUUUAUUCCUAAAAUGCUAGAGUCACACCUGAUUAUCUCUUUUCUUUUUGCAGUGAUACAAUUUCUUCUUGGGACUUUCACGAAUGGCAUCAUUGUGGUGGUGAAUGGCAUUGACUUGAUCAAGCACAGAAAAAUGGCUCCACUGGAUCUUCUUCUUUCUUGCCUGGCGGUUUCUAGAUUUUUUCUGCAGUUGUUCAUCUUCUACAUUAAUGUGGUUGUUAUCUUCUUGAUAGAAUUCAUCACGUGUUCUGCGAGUUGUGCAUUUCUCGUAUUUGUAAAUGAAUUGGAACUUUGGCUUGCCACAUGGCUCGGCAUUUUCUACUGUGCCAAGGUUGCCAGCGUCCCUCACCCACUCUUCAUCUGGUUGAAGAUGAGGAUAUCCAAGUUAGUCCCGUGGAUGAUCCUGGGGUCUCUGCUAUAUGUAUCUAUGAUUUGUAUUUUCCAUAGCAAAUAUACAGGGUUUAUGGUCCCGUACUUCUUAAGGAACCUUUUCUUCCAAAAUGCCACAAUUCAAACAGAAGUUAAACAGGCUAUACAGAUUUUCUCUUUUGUUGCUGAGCUCUUAGUGCCAUUACUUAUCUUCCUUGUUGCUGUUCUGCUCUUGAUUUUCUCUCUGGGGAGGCAUACCCGGCAAAUGAGAAACACAGUGGCUGGCAGCAGGGUUCCUGGCAGGGGUGCCCACAUCAGCGCGUUGCUGUCUAUCCUGUCCUUCCUGAUCCUCUACAUCUCCCACUACUUGAUAAAAGCUUUUCUCUUUUCUCUAAAGUUUCAUGUCAAAAGGUUCGUCUUUCUGUUCUGCAUCCUUGUGAUUGGUACAUACCCUUCUGGACACUCUCUCAUCUUAAUUUUAGGAAAUCCUAAAUUGAAACAAAAUACAAAAAAGUUCCUCUGCCACAGAAAGUGCUGUCAGUGAGAGAGAACUUUGAUCAGUUCAUAGAACCCAUGAUUCAAUGAUUUACCCACGCCGGCCACACUUCCCUCAGCCAGACAAAGCAGCCUGUUCAUAAAUAUACAACACAUCCCCUUCAGGCUGUUUAUCCAGCCUGAGGUAUUUUUAUGGAUUUGCUACUUUUCAAGCAGUUAAACUGAUUUUGAAAGCACAGCAUAUGUUGAUGGAUUACAUCAAUGUCAAUAUCCUGGUUGUGAUAUUGUAUUAUCAUCUUGCAAGUUGUUACCAUUGGGAAAACUGAGUAAAUGAUCCAGGGUCUUUCUGUAUUCCUUCUUACAAAUGCAUUCAUAUCUACAAUUAUUUCAUAGUCAAAAGUUUGGUGAAAAAGAAAAGCACAUGUUUGAACUUGUGAUAUCAGAAGGACACAUGAAUGCUGUAUGGUCCAUGACUGUCUGACGCCUAGUCUUCGAUGAUUUAUCCUGACUUUAACGGGCUGACUGUUCAUUUCUAGUCUACCUGGAUAUUAUUUCUGCUCUGUUUGUUGGAGUUGCAGGCAAUGGAGCCAUUCUUUCUCCUCAGAUCACAAACGAAGCAAGGACAAGCAGGCCUUCUCCAUCCUUAUAAGCAUAUUCUACUACUUCAUCCUGCCGAGAGUCUAGAUGCCAUGGUGACAUGGCCAAUCAACAGAUAAAGGGGAAGACAGAUGGAGGAGGAGGAGGAUGAGUCGAGGGCUGAAUGCCUGUUUUCCAUUUCUCCUAGCUGUGCACUCUGAACAGACAAUAACUUGCAAAGAUGUUUUACUUUGUAUUUGUGUGCCUGACUUUGAGACCCUUUCAGCCAAGGGUGGAAAUUUGGAACUCCUCCUGCAUUGCAUGUCUUCCCAAUGAAGCAACAUCAGUAGGUGGGUGGGGCUGGGGGUGUCUCCAUCUGCUUGAAGUCACAUACACAUUUUCUCUUUGGUUGAGAUUUUGAAUACUAAGAGAUAGGUAGGUAGAUAGAUAGAUAGAUAGAUAGAUAGAUAGAUAGAUAGAUAGACAGAUAGAUAAUUAUGGAGAUAGAUAUACUUAUGUAUUUCCAAAACAGCUUCAGAACCAUUUUGCUUCCAGACAAGUAAAUGAAGUAAAAAAUGUUCUUAAGCUUAGCUGUAACUUGUAGUUCAGGUGCGAUGAUGCAAAGUAGGUUUAGGUUUAGAUUUGCCCAUCACCAGUAAUAGGAACCCAAAUACAGCUUUUCUAACCCAAGCCACACAGGCCUGGUUAUAAUACACAAAUGAAGGAUUUUGCAUCAGAAGAUUCAGGGACAUACUUAUCUUCUUGGGCAUGGGAACUAAGCUCUGAGUGUACUCUCAACUUCCCACGGGUUUCACACUUCAUUCCCCAAGGAGCAAAAUGUCAGCCUCCAUCUUCCUGCUAUUUCAUUUUCCCACAUCCCACUAGGUAGGAAGGUUUGUAGCUAAUCACGCACUCAGGAAGCCAACUGUGGGAAGAUCAGUUGUAUCCUGGAUGUAAUUAUUGCUUCUGAUUGGGGUAAAGGACAAAGAAAAGUCAGUUUUAUUUGUCUCAAGUUCGGAGAAUAUCCUGUUCCUUGAAUCUGUGAUAUGUGUACCUGAAAAAGUGGGAGCAAUUUCAAACAUUCAGGGAGAAAUUUGUCAUGAUACAAGUCUCAUGUGUUUUCUUUUUAAUUCUGAUAUUAAAUGCUGAUUCUAUUUCAUGCAACUCCUGCUUUAAUAAUGUUAGCUAAUUAGAUAACUAUUAAGGAUGACUAAGUUCGUAUACUGUUAUCAAGAAAUGCUUUAAAAAGAAUUCAUAAUAGAACAAACUAUUCUAAAAACAUUUUCAUAGUCACUUUCCUAGAAAUAUAUUUCUUCCAGAAAUGUUGCCUAGCUAUUGAGUUGAUGAGUAUUGCAUAGGACACUAAUUGCUCAAAUUUAGAAGCAAAACAGACUGAGCCUUUGUCUCUCUGGAGCCACGCUUAUCUGCACUCACCAGCUUUGCCAAAUUGCUUUUUUCCACAUUGAACAGUGGGUUGACCUCUAUCAUGGUGCAACAUCUUUUUGUACUCACUCUUGUAGUUUUAGAGAUGGGGCUGGACAUUAUGGCCUUGGGGAGUCUUGGCUGUGGAAUGGCAUGCCCGUAGGUGAGGGCAGUUGACUGCUGAUUGCAGGACGUGGUGGUGCCACACUUCCUCUACAUCCUGUGGCUCCCCGAGGAGAUUCAGCGCUUGCUGCUCAGUUAAGUGGCUUCUGGUUGUGGCUUCCAAAUAGACUCCGCACUAGGAGGCUGACUCUUAGUGAAAUGGGAACCAGCAGUCUUUUUCCAUUCCACUUUAGAUGGAAGUUCAAUGAGCAGACCCAAAUCAGGAGAGAAGGGCUAUCUUACUCUGUCCCAGUCUCUAUUCUAUCAUUGGCUCUUUCAGUCCCCAGUCCCAGGGGUUCUGCACAAUCUCCACUGAUUGAACAUGAUAACACCAACAGAGAAGGCUAAAUCUGUAUGCUUAUAGAAAAAGACGGUUAAGAGUAUAAACGUUGACUGGGCGUGGUAGCUCUAGAAAUAGACUGUUAAGAAUAUAAAUGUUGGCCGGACGUGGUGGCUCAUGUCUGUAAUCCCAGGACUUUGAAUGCCAAGGCAGGUGGAUCACUUGA